ACGGAAGCAUAUUAUCGUCAGAUUGCCAAGAUUCAUUUAGGUCGCUGUAGCCUUCCUUAUAAGACGUACAUUCACUUCAUGUUAGCACUCGGUGCCAAUCGAGAUUCACGUGAGUGGAGUCGGCUGCUGUGUAUCAGCAAGACCUACAAGUUCGUCAGGUACGUCACGAACGAUGGGGAGGGAGUCCGAACACACAGUGAAAGGAAUAAUGUCCCCUUUUCUGGUAGCAUGCAAAAAGUUCGUUAUGAAGACGCCGCCACAGCGCCGCCACGACUCUCGUGGAAGCCGCCUAUAGAUACAUACCCCUGCCGCGACCUCGCCCACGACCACGGAACUCACCUUCGCCGCCUCUCCACUCACCACGUCCACGGUAUCCUGCAAAGUAAAAUGAUGGGUCAAGAAUACAUCUUAGAACGUAGUAGGCAGAGAUCGACGUACCACCUCGCUCUCCACCACGUUCGCCGCGGAAUCCACCGCGCUCGCCGCCACGGUCGCUACGGAACCCACCACGACCACGCUCACCUCCACGGAAUCCUCCACGGUCACCACCCCGGCCUCUGAAUGAACCACGAUCACCUCGAUGUGCACCACGGCCUCGUCCACGACCACGGGCAGCGGAAGUGAAGCCAUCCUCCUCAGGAAGGGCACCUCCGUUCACAUGAUGUACACCACUGACAGGCGCUGUUGGAGAAGGGGGUUGCACCUGAGUUUCUGUACCAAAUUUGGCAUGAAGACCCGCAAUGGAAGGAAGGCCACCUUCAUCCUCGUCUGCCCAGUUGAUUGCACCGUUAGAAGUUGCUACGGGUACCUAAUACAAACCAUUUCAAAGACCAGCGCCUGCAGGAGCCUAGUGCAUAGACUCACCUCAGCAGUUGUCGUGAGGGUAACGGAGUCCUCAACAAAGCAACCUGGGUAGCCUCUGUGUCAUUGACAUGUACCCAUUCAGUCGAUUGCUCCAGAGCAGGCUGCGCUUCGGCCUCUGCCUCGAGUUCGUCAUCAACAACGAAGCGGAAGCUGGCAGAUGUGCCCAGCGAUAGAGGCAAACCACCAACGGUGAUUUCAGGCUCCGCAGCUGCCGCAGGCUCUUCAAGAUCAGCGACUGGCUCUGGUACAGGCGUUGGCACACGGGGUGGGUUAAGGAAUUGUUGAGUGAUUUCAAGGAGUCGGGAAUCUGGUAGUACAGUGUAAGAACGUAACACGGGGAGCCAGGAGGAGUGAACUUACACUCGACGCCGUUGAAAUCGCCCUCAGCAGAGUAGAAACCUCGGAUGACCUCGGCCUUAUUCUCGAUGUCUUCCCCGAGAAGAGCCUCAGUGGCAGAGUAAACUG